AACAGUAGGUGGAAGGAAAAGAAGGAGCGGACAGUAAGUAGAAGAGCAGGGGGACAACUUCUGCAUCACAUGAAGCUGACAAACUCUUUCCACUCCUGUGGAUGCUGCGUUGCAUUAACGCUGUGUGUGUGUUUGUGUGUGUGUGUCAAGAUUGGGGACAGCCUUUCGUGUGCUUUUCAUAUUUCUCCCAGGGUUUUUAAUUCCCCCAACAGCCCCCAAACCCCACCACCCACACACCAUCGUCCCCUCUGGUCUUCUUUCAGACACUUUACCAGCCCCCUCUUCCAAAAAAAAAAAAAAAAAAAUGCAAAGACAUCCUCCACAAUUUUCCUCUACGUAGCCCCCACCUCCUGCCCUCGGCCCUCCCCAGUCUUCCUCUCUUUCUGAUGCUCAGUCUGAAAGCCAGCUCAGCAGAGGUAAGGGAGCUGUGGCAGGAUCAGAUACACUCACAGGAUUUCUGCCUUGAAAGUUUAUUCGAGUCAUUGCAUCUAUUUUGGGCUUGGAGGAAAGGAAAGGCAGCUCCCUACAUCCAGUUCUGGACUGGACUGCAGUUUGGACUGUGUGGGUCAAAARAAAUUGGAGGAUUUUCUUAAAACAGCCACUGACAGUUUGAAUGAAAGUUUGGGUGUUUUUWUGCAGAGUGCCUUAGCUGUUUAAGGCAAAUGAAAGAAAAUACAUUUAUUCUGGACUUUUUGUGUUCUAAAGUAAUCUGAUUUUUUUUAAAAACUUAGUCUAGAUUGGUUCAAGAUUUUUCUGGUCAAAGGCAGAGACUUUUUUUUUCACAGGAAUUUUUUCUUUUAGUAAGUUGUGGUAAUCCUUUGAAUGUUGGCUUAGUUUAGAGCUCAGCUUGUGGUUGAGGAUGCUAAAGAAGACCAGGAGCAGCUGCAGCAGCAUGAGCCUCUUGUGCAUCCUGUGGCUCCUGGUUGUUUGUGUGGCCCCUGGAAGCUGGGGCCAGAGGCAGAGCAACCCUGAGGAGGACCAGCUGCCAGAGAAGCACACAAUCUGCUACCAGGAAGGAUGCUACGCUGUCUUCUUCCAGAAGAAGAUCUUCAGAGAAGCUGGGCAGGCCUGCAGGGAGCAUGGUGGGACCCUGGCCACUAUGCAUACCAAAGAAGCAGCGGACGUGGUCCACGAACUGAUGUCGGCCAUCGAUCCACAAGGCUCCAGGUCCAAGUUCCGUGUCUGGAUUGGACUGCACAGAGCUCCACGCCAGUGUUCGACCACCCGACCGCUCAAAGGAUUCGUCUGGGUCACAGGAAACCAGGAAGGUCAAUUCACCAACUGGAUCCGUGAAGAAAUGCCAAAGACGUGUGCCGCCCACCGCUGCGUGGCCAUGGCUGCUCACACAUCAGAGAGCGAGCGAGAGAGAGCAGCGAACUACAAGUGGAUUGAAGGCCCCUGUGGAGUGCCUUUGGAUGGAUAUAUUUGUCAGUAUAACCACAAAGCGACGUGUUCACCACUAGAAGAUGAGGGCAGAGGUCCGGCUGUUUAUACAACGCCUUUUAAACUUAUAAGCACCCUGCUGACCCAUGUUCCCUUUGGAUCUGUUGCCACUUUGCCGUGUCCCAUAGACCGAUUGAACCCAAGUGCUCCUGCUGAGCAAAUCGUCCUGUGCAUGGAGAGAGAUGACGAGACGGUGGGCUGGUCCAUAGAUGCUCCUCUAUGUUCUUCUAGUUUAGAUACACAAUAUCAGGACUGGUGUAGUGGGGAUCAUGGUUGUGAGCAGCACUGCCAGAACAAAGACCAAACAUACUACUGUUACUGCUCUGAGGGCUUCGUCAUUGAUGAGGAUGGUUACAGCUGCAAGCCCGACCCCCUGAACCAAAAUGACCCACCUGAAGAACUGUCUCCUGAUCCUGCCAUCACCACCGCCCGGCCCCAAAUCAAACAGGUUUGCGUGGAGGCUGGGUGCGAGUACGACUGUUCUGAAACAGUUCGUGGCAUCCGCUGCACGUGCCCCCCUGGCUUCCAGAUAAGUCCGGACGGCCGCAGAUGCGCCGACGUCGACGAGUGUCAACAACAUCCAUGUCACCAACUCUGCGUGAACACCCGGGGCACCUUCCACUGCWCCUGCUUCAACGGGUUUCAGCCGGACGACGACGGCGAGUGUGUGGACGUGGACGAGUGCCUCGACGACGGCAGCUGCGAGGGCUCCUGUAAAAACACGAUCGGGUCCUUCACGUGCCAGUGUGACCCUGGCUAUGAGCUGAGCGGGGAAGGRGAUUGCCUGGAUGUGGACGAGUGCGUGUUGGAGUCACCCUGCCACCACCARUGUUUCAACCAAAUGGGAGGGUACCGGUGUGAGUGUGACGACGGCUUUGAGCUGCAGGCAGAUGGAUUUACCUGCCAAGCUUCCAGUUAUGAUGAAGAAUAUUCCACCCUGACCCCUGAUUCUGGUACCUCUGAUGAGUAUGGUAUUCCUUGGUCCACCACAGACCCAUAUUUUAAAGAAGAAAGCAACUAUGAAGUCAGUUGGCAGACAGAAGCCCCUGAGGGACUAACUCCUGACAUGGCUCAUCAGUCAGAUGAUCACCUGAACCAGUGGGAUGACCUUUCACCCGUGCRAUACCAAACACCCCAAUCCCCAACGCAUAAAACGGACACCGACAACGACAUAGAUCAUGACGUUAAGACAAGAGGAAAAGAACCAAGUGGUGGGGUCAUAGCUGAAACAGGAUCAUCCAGUGGGACUGGGCAGUCCGAGACACCGAUGGACACCAACARUACAUCAAUGGCAGGAGAGUCUGCUGCUGGUAAACGCAAGCAUGACAAGAGCUGGUUGCUUGURGCUCUGCUGGUGCCUCUGUGUGUGUUUCUCGUGGUGAUGCUGGCAUUAGGAAUCGUCUACUGCACCAGCUGCGCGGUGGAUAAGAGCCUCCGCUUUUCAGACUGCUACCGCUGGGUUCUCCCUACAACGCCUCCUUCCAGGAAGGAUGGCAAAACUCAGGCAUGAACCCUGACGUAAAGAGAGACGAGGAGACACGCCUGCUCACACUUUCUGGUGGCAAAAGACUGCUCACUGAAUGAAAAAUAAAAUGGGUAAAAUACCACCAACUAACUCUGGUACUUUCUGUGGCACAGCUUUUGUAAAUAGCUUUCUUCAUUUGUUGGAAUGCAAUAAAAGUCAAUAAACUGACGAAACAAAU